CCAUUGGAAAGGGUCUGGAGCAUGGUCUGGAGCAGCUGCCACUGGACCCGAGGGUUGGGUCACUCUGGGUCCUGCCCCUUUCAGGGGUGGGACCUAACGGAGAAAUAGCUCCUCAUUCUGAAUGGACAGGAUACUUUACACUUUUUCUUGCACGGUGAGGCUGUUUCAAAAAUUGAGCUGAGAAUACCCUCUUCAACUUCUACUUCGCGAUCAAAUCCCAGGAUGUCUCGUGAACAGCUGGCAGUAGAGCGGGCGAGGAGAGCAUUCUCAACCGGCAGGUCCAAACCGCUGGCGUACCGCAUCCGUCAACUCAACAACCUUCGGCGGUUCCUCGUCGAGAGACAAUCAGAGAUCGCAGAAGCGGCCAAAAAAGAUCUCAAUAGGAGUGAAGUGGGAAUCCAGCUCUUUGAAACGUUGGGCUUGGAAUCAGAGAUCCAACUGGUGAUAAAGAACCUCAAAAAAUGGGCUGCUCCCCGGGCGGUGGAGAAGAACCUGGUGACUCUGUCCGAUACGCUGUACAUCCAGCCCGAGCCACUGGGGGUCGUGCUGGUGAUCGGAGCGUGGAACUACCCCUGGGCGGUCACCCUGUUCCCCCUGAUAGGCGCCAUCGCCGCAGGUAAUGCAGCUGUGGUGAAACCCUCUGAGGUGUGUGUUCACACCUCUAAGGUCAUGGAGGAACUACUUAACGCCUACCUCGACAAGGAGCUGUACCCGGUGGUGACGGGCGGCGUCCAGGAGACCCAGGAGCUGCUGAAGCAGCGCUUCGACCACAUCGUCUACACCGGCAACUCCGUGGUGGGUCGCAUCGUCAUGGAGGCUGCGGCCAAACACCUGACCCCCGUCACCCUGGAGCUGGGGGGCAAGAGCCCCUGCUACAUCGACAAGGACUGUGACAUCCCUUUGGCCUGCAGGCGCGUGACCUGGGGGAAGUUCACCAACUGUGGCCAGACGUGCAUCGCUCCGGACUACGUGCUGUGUGAGGCCAGCAUCCAGGACCGCGUCAUCGACGAGAUGAAGAAAUGCAUCAAGGAGUUCUACACGGACGACCCUAAGAGCUUCCUGGACUAUGGACGCAUCAUCAACGAGCGCCACUUCAGGAGGAUCCUGGCCAUGACGGAGGACAGCAUGGUUGCUGUGGGAGGAGAGAGCGACCACACUGAGUGCUACAUAGCCCCGACCAUUCUGCGGGACGUGAAGGCUGGGUCAAAGGUCAUGCAGGAAGAGAUCUUCGGUCCGCUGCUUCCGAUCGUGCCGGUGAGCGGACUGGAAGGGGCCAUCGACUUUAUCAACCAAGGAGAGAAAUCCCUCGUGAUCUACGUAUUCUCCACCGACAAGAAGCUGAUCAAUCGACUGAUCGAGGAGACGUCUAGUGGAGCAGUUUUGGCCAACGACUGUCUGGUGCACUACUCAGUCAGUUCCCUGCCUUUCGGUGGAGUAGGAAACAGCGGCAUGGGCUGCUACCACGGCAAGUUCAGCUUCGACCAGCUCAGCCACCUGCGGAGCUGCAUGGUCCGGCCGCUGAAGAACGAGGGGAUGAACAGCAUGCGCUACCCCCCACACACCCUCGGCAAGCUGGGCUGGGCGCGCUUCUUCCUGGUCCAGGCCCCCGACCUGGCCUUGAUGGGCCGCGUGGGAGCUCUGGCGGUGCUGGUGGCCGUGGCCGGCUUCCUGAUCAAUGCCUAUUUGCUGUGAGGAGAAACUGACUCGUCUUCAAGAGGAUCUGGAGAAGGUUUCAGCAAAGUGACCAUGAAGGUUUCAGCUACAUGACCUUGAUAUACGGGAGAACUGUUUGAUUUUUAUUUAUUUUUUU